AUGUCUUACGGCGCCAAAAUCAUCGCCCAGGCUCUUCAUGACCUGGGUGUCAGGGUAAUAUUUGGUCUUCCUGGAUUGCCAGUGACGGAUAUCGGACAGGAGGGGCUGUAUUUGGGCAUGAGAUUUAUCAGCUUUCGAAAUGAACAAGCUGCGGUAUACGCUGCAACGGCAUAUGGAUACUUGACUGGCAGGCCAGGAGUGUGCAUAUGUGUGGGUGGUCCUGGUAUUAUUCAUGCGAUGGCGGGCAUACCGCAUGCUGCGGCGAAUUCUUGGCCAUUGCUGGUGCUGGCUGGUUCCAGCGAGACACACAAUGCUGGCAGGGGAGCUUUCCAAGAAGUUGACGCCAUUUCCAUGUUGACGCCUCAUGCCAAGGCAGCAGUACGACCUCCAAGUCCAGAAUUGAUUCCCAAAUUCAUUCGAGAUGCAUACCGUGCUGCAUACUUUGGACGACCCGGGCCUGCAUUCGUUGACUUGCCUGCGAAUUUGAUUCUAGGAACAUUCGAAGUUCCCCGAAACCAGCUCGUCAAGUUCAAAGAGGCUCCACUAUCAGUCGCGCCGGAGAACAAGAUCAGAGAAGCUGUGCAAGCUCUCAAGACCGCCAAAGCACCUUUGGUCGUGAUCGGGAAAGGCUCAGCAUACGCUCGUGCUGAGAAGCAUAUCAACGCCUUGGUGCAAAAGACCGGCAUUCCUUUCGUUCCUACGCCCAUGGGCAAGGGUGUGAUCGCGGAUUCACAUCCAAGCAAUUACUCUGCAGCACGCUCGACUGCUCUCAAGGAGGCUGAUGUUGUGCUUCUGCUUGGCGCCAAACUGAACUGGAUCCUAUCAUUUGGAGAGGCUCCAAAGUGGAAUCCGAAGGUGAAGAUCAUUCAGGUCGAUAUCACGGCCGAUGAAUUGGGCAAGAAUGGCGGCACUCCCGAGCUAGGUCUUGUUGGUGAUGUCGGGUUAGUCGUUGAACGCAUCGUCGAGCACCUCGGAGAUUGGAGGUGGCAAGGACAAUCGUCUGCGUUCAUGAAGAGCCUGAAAGCUGCAAAGACCAGGAACGAGGGCAAGGCCGCGAAGAAGGCCGAAUCUUCGAAGCUACCCAUUUCCUUCGAGCAUUCUUUCGGAGUCAUCAAGAGCACGCUCAACAGUUUGUCGAAUCCCAGAGAUGGAGAUAUCGUGUAUGUCUCGGAAGGCGCAAACGCUAUGGAUAUCUCCCGAUCAAUUUUCACGAUGGAACAUCCUCGUCUGAAGCUGGAUGCGGGAACAUAUGCCACCAUGGGUGUCGGUCUCGGCUACGCAAUUGCGGCGUGGGCAGCAUACAAUCUGCCAAACCCAGAGGGCACAGCUGGUGCUUCAGGGCGCAAGAAAGUCGUGGCGAUCGAGGGAGACAGCGCCUUCGGAUUUUCUGGCAUGGAGGUGGAAACGAUGGCCCGGUUCCAGAUGGACAUUUUGAUUUUCGUGAUGAACAACAGCGGACUGUACCGAGGUGAUGCUAACACAUCUGAAGAGUGGGAACGCCGCCGCAAGAAUACUGUUGCUGGAACCACGCAACAGAAGGGUGCUGCUUUGACCGCUUGGUCACUCGGGUACCAGAUCAACUACCAGAAAAUCGCAGAAAUGGCUGGUGGUAUCGGCAUCGUUGCUCGAACGCCUGAGGAGUUGAAAAAGGCUACUGAGAUCGGCUUCAAGGCCAAGGUGCCGGUGGUGGUGAAUGUCUUGAUUGAUCCGCAGGCUGAUCUGCUAAUGGACUUCUCCUGGCUCGACAUGGCACCACCGAAGAAGAAAGAGCAGAAAUUGUAAAACAGGCAACAGGUGAUUGUGAUCCACGAUAGUAAUGUGGCAUGACAAGCAACUCGAGUGCGCGUUUGAAAGUUGGCUUAUGGCGUGCUGGCCUCAUAGACUCAAAAAUAGAUCGCUCCUGCUGUGUCUUGUCAUGAAUGGUCUUGCUGUCCGCUGAUUUAUACAAUGCUGCUCCAGCGGUCAUGGACGGCGGCCAUGUCCCCCACUAAGAACAUCGUGGCGAACUUCAGGAUAUGCUUAGAAGCAUAGCAGCUCGCGUAAUUGCGCGUGC